CGCCCACCAAUUAGCGCUAGCUGGGGGCGGGAUAUAUGCUGUACUUCUACCAAUAAGGACGGAAUAGCGAGGACGAAGAUGGCGGCGCUGGUAGCGCUCAGUUGUUUUAGGACGCUGAAAUUUUACGGGCGUAGCAGCCAUUCUCUUCAUCACUGGCGCAUGAUCAGAGCACCAUCCUGUGCACUGAAGAACAGUGCCUGUGGGCCAAGGAUAAGGGUGCAGUGGAUAGCAUCUUCAGCUUCUGGAGACAUUCAGAGUGAUUCUAAUGAAGGACGAAUCUACCUCAGUGAGAACUGUAUCAAGAGGCUGUUGGAGAUUGCAGAAGAGUCUGAAUUUUUGAGGCUGCAAGUGGAAGGAGGUGGCUGUUCUGGAUUUCAAUACAGAUUUUCCUUGGAUACAGUCAUAAAUUCUGAUGACAGGGUUUUUGAGCAAGAUGGUGCCCGAGUGGUUGUGGAUACGGACAGCCUAAGCUUUGUGAAAGGGGCAAUGGUUGACUUUGGCCAGGAGCUAAUUCGCAGCUCCUUCCAGGUGGUGAACAAUCCACAGGCAGAACAGGGCUGUUCCUGUGGAUCAUCCUUCUCAGUCAAACUGUAAUGAAAUAUAUCCUUGCGGACUCUGCUGAAUGUUGAUAGAGAGAUCCUUUCUUAGUUGCAUGUCUCCCAGUUGGGUUCAGCUUCUGACAACAGCUGCUGUAUUGUUCGUUGUACCUUACAAUGCAGGCAAACUCUCUGAACUGAGACUCAAGCAAGAACUUAGUUCUUUGGGAUAAGAUUGAAGAGUGAUACUCCUGUUUCCUUCCUGAAUCCUUGUGCAGCUUCCUGGUAGAACCUGUGAUGAUUUCCUAUGGAGCAGUUGAAACAGUCUGUUGCAUGGGGAGAAUGUUUGUACAUAUGAUUAAAUGCAUCUAGUUUUUAUUUUAUUUUUAAAUCAGUUUCCAUUAUGUGUAAUCUUCAAGGAUGUUAGUAUCUUUUUAUGCUUGUUUUGCACAUUUAUAGAUGUCUUUGCAUGGAUCCCAUGUGUGUAAUUCUGAAGUGUACACAGGAUCAUAUGUAGUUUGUUGCCUGAUUUGCUCUCCAGACAUGUAAAUAAUGCAUACAGGAGAGCCUUGGAUGCUAGACAGAUUGUUCCCAGUAACUUGCAUUCAUACAUUGGUUUCUUGGAUAAUUGUAUUAAACACACAAGAAUAACACUAUAUUUUAAAACAAUUCAAAGGGGAAUAGCAAAUGUUGGGGUAGAGCUUUCAAUAAAGAAUCAGUCUGCUUAUAAACAGUGAAACAUCCAAUAUACCCUGAGGACAUGAAGGAAAUGUUAGAAUGUAACCAAGCUUUAUUUACAGUGAAAGAAAUUCCUGGAAAAGGCACACUUGUGGAAUUGAAGGCUUGAAGGAUACAGGCUGAAUGUGUAUGGACUGCAUAGGUUGGAUUCUGAUUCUAGGAAAUGGUGAGGUUGUGGGGCUUUGGGGAGGAAAAGGAGAAGAGGGGAAAUAAGAGGUACUUCAGAGAACAAGAAGGAAAAAAAAGGAGCAGUCAUGUGUUUGGAAUUAAGUACCUGGGCUAUAAUGCCUAGGCUCCUGUUACUUUUGUUAGAUAUUUAGUUUACACUAUAAACUAUUCAGCUUUCUCUGUUUUGCCAGCUUCUAGAGGAGUUUGUGUAGGAGGGAGGGUUAAGGCUCAAGGAGAGAAACAGGAGCUGCAUUGUUUAAAGGGAUCUGCUUGAAGUUCAGGGACUUCUCAUCAAAAUGGAGUGUAAAGGAUUAAUUUCCCCAAAAACAAAACGUCCACACAAGGACUCAAUGGGGAAAGAGUGGGAGGAAACAGUGUAGGAGACUGAACUCUGCAAUGGAAGAACUUCUUGAAGGUCAAUCAGUGCUGCAAAGGUACUUUUCUUUUGAGUCUUACUAUAUCCUUCCUAAAGAGAAAUUGGGAAGUGUUGAAACCGUCUGAUGUGUAGAGGGAGAGACCUUACUAAAGAGUUACGGGUUGGUUUAGGAGGCAAGGCCCUGGGUGCUUUAGCUUAAGUGUUUUCUAGCUCAAGGUAAGGCUAGCCAGAGCUGCUGGUCUGUCAGUUAUUUCAGCAACGGGGAACAGUUGGGAGUGGUAGAAUUGUUGAAGUCUGGAAAGAAUUGUAAAUGAUGGAUGACACCCCUUGCCUAUUUAUACCUACAUAGAUGGUCCUUUGAAUUCCUCCAUCAGAUGGCUGUCCAACUCCUGCACUGCAUCUACAGUUUUUAUAACAUGCGUUUGUUGUGCCAGUUGGAAUUCUUAUAUAUCUCUGAAGACUCAAACUAUUAGGGGUACCCUUUUGUGCCUGAUUGUAGUCUCAACUACUUCUUACAUGUUUCUGAAACCCAGACACACAAUCCAAAUUUAGCAGGAUUGCUGUUCAGGUUUUUACAGAGACUAUGUCCAAGACAGUAAUCUGGGACCUGUAAAAUGGAAAAACUGGAGAAGUGUUCAUACUUGUAAAUUUCAUGAACAAGCCCUUCUGAAGUAGUUUUAUUGACAUAAACUUGCCUUUCUCAUUCUGGCUCCCUGAUCAAGAAUUAGAAAAGGUUGCUUAUUGGUUGCUUUAAAGCAAAGAAAUUUAGCUGCUAAAGGGUCACAUAAUUACCAUGCUAAUAAUAAUACAUUGAUUCUAAUUCUUCCUCAAAAUCAGUUAGGUAUUGAAAGUUUUCAUAUUUAGAUUAAAACUAGAUUUUGAGCAGCACUGUGUGUCUGAAGAGGAAAUCUUUUGGUGGCCUUAGAGGAAAUGCUAUGUACAAGUUCAGUUCUAGAAGCUUACAAAGUGUUCAGCUGUGAAGGUUGCGCACAUGUGUGUACAUCACACAUUGCAUAUUGUUCUUUGUACUGAAGUAGAUAUCAGUCAGGUGCUGUUCUGCUUUGAGUUGGAAAAGCCUGAGGAUUUUUUCCAUUGCAGAUGAUUAUUUUCCAGUGAUUAGCUGUUUAAGAUAAACUAUGUGGUUCCAUGUGAGAGAACACCACAUACUGUAAACGGAUAGCCAGUUAUUUAUUUCACUUUGUUUGGAACAGUUAAUGUACAGGAAAAAUAAGUGGCUUACCAAAUAAUAUUCCUAAGAACUAUGGAACAUGUUAAAAAAAGUUACCUUGGACUCUGUUUCUUAUUGAUUUUUGGCUACUUUGAAAAAAUGCUGUGAAAAUGAUAUAAAGGAGAAAACUGGAAAGGUUUUUCUGUCAUGACAAAAUGAAGUAUUUUGAAAAAGAAAAAGGCAAAUAAAACUUCAGAAUUCCCUCUCUUGAGUGGAGUCUUCAGUAUAAUUCCCCAACAUUAAAUCCACUUCUUUAUCCCAUCA